UUUUGUAUUCGGCGACGUGGAAGCCUCCGCCCCUUCGACUCCUCGCCGGGUUCCGAACGCCUCCAAGCAAAGAAAGCAGGGGCUGGGGUCGUCCCCGGCCGAGCUGGGAAUAGUUAGAAAUGCCUUCCUCUCUUCUCUCUAUGAUCCCAUUCUUCCGGUUGAUGGGCUGUGAUCCGCUGCUGCGCUGCCGCUCGGCUUCAAGUGCUUGUAGACGGCGACAGUUCUCUUGAUAUACGCAUAUAGAGAUAGCUUUGGAUGGUAGAUGGUCGUAAAAGACCGGAGAUGGAAUUGGCUCUGAGGGCCAGGCCCCGGGUGAAGCCCCUGCUUCUCAAACUGGGCGUCGCUCUCGCUCUCUCCUUCGCUGGAUUCCUCGUAUACCACGUCCGGUCUCGAUCCCGGCCUCCCGCGACUCCUCCCGCCUCUUCAGCUGGUGGGAAGACAUCUGAUAGCCUCAGCGAAGAACUCCGCAUCCGGAAAAAAGGAGAAACUUUGGCUAAGAUCGUUAAUAGGACUUCCACCACCACCACCACCACCACAACUACAACAACUACUACUUUUGUGGGGCUGUCUCCGACCAGGAAGAGUUCAGGAGAUGGGAAGGGAUUCCCCUUGCCGGAGUUUAAUGAUCUCGUGUCAACAGCAUUCCGGGCAGGUGGGCGAGAUGUGGAAACCGCCUCCACCGCCUCGACACCGAAGUUGGAGUGCAAAGAGGAGACGGCGAUGGAGCAAGAGAUUGCACACCUAAGGAAAUUGGUAUGGUCCCUCCGGGAGAGGGAGAGGAAUCUGGAGCUGCAACUCCUUGAAUACUACGGGAUGAAAGAGCAAGAGGCUGCCAUGAGAGAGCUUGAGAACCAGUUAAAGAUCAACUCGAUGGAAACCAAGUUGUACUCUUUAAAGGUCGACUCUUUGCAGGCUGAAAACAUGAGGCUCCAGUCUAAGGUGUCGGAUUGCUCGAGAGCCGUGGCUGAGCUGAAUGCAGCAAGAGCGAAGAUUAAACUUCUGAAGAAGAAGUUGAAAUCAGAUGCCGAGCAGGCAAAGGAGAGAAUAGCUUCCCUUCGCCAGAGUCUCAGUGUGCUGCAAUGCAGGGAGCAAAAGGAUGGGAGAAAUAAUGCGGAGGUCGAGAGGAAGUUGAAGAGGCUGGAAGAGUUGGAAGGUGAAGUUGCAGAGCUAAGAAUGGUGAACUCAAAGCUGGAACGGGAGAAUUCUGAUUUAGCAAAUAGAUUGGAGGCCACACAAAUUCUUGCCUCUUCUGUUCUUGAGGGGCCGGAGCCCGAAGCAUCAUCGGACGAAAUCCAUCAGCUGAGACAAGCAAAUGACAAGUUGACUAAGGACCUUGAGCAGCUCCGAACAGAUCGAUGUGCCGAUGUUGAGGAAUUGGUGUAUCUUAGAUGGGUCAAUGCUUGCCUACGGUAUGAGCUGAGGAACUAUCAAGCCCCUCCAGGCAAAACAGUUGCAAGAGAUCUAAGCAGGAGUUUGAGUCCCAAGUCAGAGGAGAAGGCCAAACAGCUCAUAUUGGAAUACGCAAAUUCUGGUGCCGAUGAGAAGAGCUUGAGUCUCGCUGACUUCGACUCGGAGUACUCUUCUUCUUCACAAGCAUCCAAUGGAGAACUCGAUGACGGUUGCGUCGAUAUCUCCAUGACGAAACGUAGCGGUUCGAAUAAAUCAAAAAUUUUUAGCAAGCUUAAGAAGCUGGUCUUGGGGAAAGGUGCACACACAAACAAAAUUUCGUCUUCAGAUCGAACUCCCACAAGCUAUGCUAAUUCUGAAAAAAGGGCAUCUUUUUCCACCUGUUCCAUUGAUGAAAUGAUUGGAAGAGACUCGUGCAAUAGCCUUUCUUCAUGCCUCAUGGAUGAACCUGGCCAGGCCAAUCGAUUGGCAGGAAUGGAAGCACAGCCAGAUGAACAGCACCAGGGUAAGGUUGCUCAGUUUCAAAGCCACUCUAGGCCCUCUUUGGAUAUCCAAAGGCUAAGGAAGCUCAACCUCGAAGAAGUUUAUCGGAAUGAUGAUGAGACACCAUAUAGGUACAAGAACAUGGACUCCAGAGAGGAGAUAUCGAUUAAUUUGGCUCGGAAUAAUAGUCUGCUUGACCACAAACGCACUGAUAUUCCUGGGAAGGUUGAGCUUAAGAAGUAUGCAGAUGCUUUGAAGAGCACACGAGGGGCAGAGAAGCUCACUAGGAGAUCAUCAUCCUUUAGCAACUGAUGCUAAUUUUUGUCAGUAGGGAAUGUUAGUUGCUUGUUUUUAUUCACCCAAACUGUCCGGCUGUAUAUUUUUCGCCAGCAUUGGACAGAUGAGUAGCAUCAUAUAUAGAUGCCUAUAAUCGAACAGUGAAGUAUCUGAAUCAAAAGUAUGACAGUCAAAAGUUUUGUACGCAUUCUUGUAACUCACACUUUAGCAUCUGAUGACUGAUAUCACUGUCUAUAUUGUGGAUACUUUUUAUUUAUGCGACUGUAUGCUCAUUUCUCCUUUUCUA